AUGGCUUCUGCGAUGCGCCCCUUUGUCGCCCACUCCGCCCUGGCCCAGCUCCAGCACGCCGGCCGCCGUACCUUCACCACCGUCCGGCCCUCAGUCAUUGCCAACAGGGCGCGCGGAGCUUCGCGUCCCGUUUUCCAUCAGAUCGCCCUACGCCAGUCCAUACGGCGAGCCUCGACGGAGAGCCCUGCUGCCAAAGCCGCCCCGAAAAGGAGAUUCGGCGUGCUGAGAUGGAUGUGGAGAGCGACCUACUUGUCCGUCCUGGGAGGUCUUGUAUACACUGGCUAUGGCAUUUGGGUGAUGCGGAACCCCAAUGACCAGCCGGACCCUGAUCCAAGCAAGAAGACACUGGUCAUUCUCGGAACCGGCUGGGGAGCUGUAUCGCUGCUCAAGAAGCUCGACACCGAGAACUACAACGUCGUAGUGGUGUCACCGCGCAAUUACUUCCUCUUCACACCCCUGCUGCCCUCAUGUACGACGGGCACCAUCGAGCAUCGCUCCAUCAUGGAGCCCAUUCGGAAUUUCCUGCGUCACAAGAAAGCGGCCGUCAAGUUCUACGAAGCCGAAGCCACAAAGAUCGAUUACCAAAAGAAGGUCGUGUACAUCAGCGACAAGUCGGAAAUCAAAGGAAACUCGAGCGCGACACAGGUCCCCUUUGACAUGCUUGUCGUCGGUGUUGGAGCCGAGAACGCUACUUUUGGUAUACCCGGUGUGCGCGAGAACGCCCUCUUUUUGAAGGAAGUCGGGGAUGCCCAGGCAAUCCGAAAGCGGAUUAUGGACUGCUGCGAAACUGCCACAUUCAAGGACCAGUCACAGGACGAAAUCAGGCGACUACUACAUAUGGUGGUCGUUGGCGGUGGUCCGACUGGUGUCGAGUUCGCCGGAGAGCUCCAGGAUUUCUUCAAUGACGAUCUGAAGAAGUGGAUACCAGACAUCAAGAGCAACUUCCACGUCACCCUUGUCGAGGCUCUUCCAAACGUUCUCCCCAUGUUCUCCAAGCAACUGAUUGAAUACACUGAGAAGACUUUCAAAGAAGAAACUAUCACUAUCCGGACGAAGACCAUGGUAAAGAACGUAACCGACAAGUACAUCGAAGCCGAGUCAGUCGGUCCUGAUGGCAAGAAGGUUUUGGAGAAGAUUCCCUUCGGCUUGCUAGUCUGGGCAACGGGUAAUGCCCUGCGCCCCGUCGUCAAGGACCUCAUGAUGCAGAUCCCCGCCCAGAAGGACUCCCGCCGUGGCCUUGCCGUCAACGAAUACCUUGUCGUCAAGGGAACUGAGAGCAUCUGGGCCGUAGGUGACUGCGCUGUUGCCAACUACGCCCCCACCGCCCAAGUGGCCGCUCAAGAAGGCGCUUUCCUCGCCCGCCUUUUCAAUCAGAUGGCGAAGACGGAGGAGAUCGACCAGGAGCUGAAGAAGCUUUCAGCCGCCCAGGAGACCGCCCCGAACAAGGAGACACGUGACCAGGUCUUCACCGAGAUCAAGGAACUGCAGAAGCGGCUCCGCAGGGUCAAACAGAUGGGCCCAUUCGAGUAUUCGCACCAGGGUUCGCUAGCCUACAUCGGGUCUGAGAAGGCCGUUGCCGAUAUCAGCUGGUUGACUGGCAACUUUGCGACCGGAGGAACUCUGACCUACUUCUUCUGGCAGAGCGCGUAUCUGAGCAUGUGCUUCAGCACUCGUAACCGCAUCCUCGUGAUCCUAGACUGGGCGAAAGCCAAGAUCUUCGGCCGCGACGUGUCCCGAGAGUAG